AUGGCCAUCUGCAUUGAUUCAAGUCCGAAUGAUCUAUCAUACGGCAUGUUAUCUGAGGACGUAAGAAACGAUCCUAGAUGUAUUUACGACACAUUUGAUAGCGAUUUCUACAAAUGCCUUUGCGAGGAUCUUGCGAAGGAGCUCGACUUUCCAGACCAAACUGACCUUCGAAGGAUCAGUCAGUUGGAAUUAUUUGGCUCUUCAUGGGAAACGGACCCAUACAAGAAACUCCUCCUGCGAUGCCUUGAUCACUCCAUCCCUCGCCUUCGCGAACCACUCACCCCACGUUCUCGCGGCGGGUCAAUUGAUUACACCGCAACGGAUACGAGCCUAGACUUCGAUCAUGAAGAAGAAGCAACCACUAUUCCAACCAACCCACCUCCUUCACCAGCAUUAUCGGCCGUGAAUUGUGUCUUAUCCGGAGAAAAGACCGCGGUCAAAAGCGAUGAUGACCGGUUAGAACCUCUAUUCUUUGACAAACUAAACUUACUCUCACCGGCGGAAGUCGGUGAUGGCUACGAAGGCGACAAUGACGACGACGAUGAAGAGGAUGCCUAUAAUGGGCUUGCUGCGGGUGAAAUUGCCGGAGCACGGCGCAUAAGGCGGCAGCAAACCCGAAUGCAGACUAAACAUCAAUAUCACCGCAAAGUUGCAUCAACAGGGUUGUUAGCAACAGUAGUGACAAGUGAUGGUUCAAUCAUUUGGCAUUUCAAGGAGUUUUCCUGA